AUGCUUGCCCUCGAACACUCAAACGGCCACCAGUGCGACGGCUUUGACCAUAUGCUGGACCGGACUGUCAAGGUGCCCUUUCCAGGCUUGGUCACGUACUUGUACAAGUCGGCCGACGGCAUGAACACCAACUUCCAUCCACUUCCCUAUUCAUAUUUGGCGACCCCUGCCAUGUUUGCAACGGCACCGCAGACCUUGAAGCACGAAGUGCCACAAUUCCACGACAGGCCACCCGCCCUGAUUUCGUCUGGCUGGAUCGCUUCCGUCCCCAGUGUAGAUAAGGGCGCAAUGGGCUCGCCUGACUCUGCACCAUCACACACUAUCUCCAGCCAGGACAACUUUGAUCACACAACGGGGCCAUAUGGUCUGGAGAUCAUUGCUCAUCAAGACUCUUCCUCGCAAGACAUGUUGCCCCCAACGAUGGAGGCUGACUUCUCCUUGGAAAAACUCCCGGACAGCUAUGUAGAGAAGGUAACCAAACAAUCCGCCCGGUUUCUAGAUCCUUCCUUGGUCUACGCCACACGCUCAUUUGGAGAGACCGCCUUCUCCAAAACGACACUCUUUCAACCUAACAUGAACACCUUCACCAAUUUGUCCCCAACUGGGUCACCGGCUCUACCCCCACAGCCGUACAGCAUUUUCCCUACAACUCAAUUCUCCGACCCUCCGAUACACUCUCACUAUUAUCCUCAAGAGCCGCAACAAGACUUGCUGAAGAGAAGACCCUCCCCCGCUUCCUCUGUAGGUUCACACAGCAGCUCAAAGUCGGAGCCCACUGAAGAGGGCGUCGAGAGGGGUCGCUGCCCCCACCCCGAGUGCGGCAAGGUCUUCAAGGAUCUCAAAGCCCAUCUGUUGACUCAUCGAACCGAGCGACCAGAGAAGUGCCCCAUUCCGACAUGUGAGUAUCGCCGCAAAGGGUUCGCCCGCAAGUACGACAAGAACCGACAUGCCUUGACACAUUUCAAAGGCACCAUGGUGUGCGCAUUCUGUCCAAGUUCCGGCUUCCUUGCCGAGAAAAGAUUUUACCGAGCCGUUGCUUUGAAGCGGCACCUGACUUCCGUUCACGGGGUGGAACUAACCGCCCCCAACAGCCGCAAGCGAAGUCCCACCGUCAACUCCCGAAUGUUGUCCAGUCAUUGUCAAGAUGCCAAUGGCAAAUGCUCGACCUGUUCGGCCACCUUCAUCAAUGCUCAAAGCUUUUAUGAGCAUCUGGACGACUGUGUGCUGCGUGUGGUUCAACAAGAAGAGCCCAGCGAAGCCAUAAAUGCACACCGUCUCGCCAGCAUACCGAAUUAA